AUGCAUUCCAAGCCCGAAGGACAGCACCCGGCGAGCAAGGCCAAUCCCUUCCAACUCCUGCUGGGCGGAAACGCCAAUAACAACAUCCGUCCCAAAAUCUACCGCCCCGAUGACCCUCGCAAGAUCGUCACGACGUUCAAUGUGGUCCGGUUAGAGCAAAUAUUGCGAAUGUAUGGCCUCUUGGACGCAAGGAACAAGGAGAACCUAGAGUUUUUACGGAAUGGAUUUCCGCUUGGUAUUGCCAGUGGAUGGACACUCCCCAAGCGAAUCAUCCAUCACAACCACGGUUCAGCCCUUCGGCACCCGGAAGCCAUCAUCAAGGACAUCAAGAAGGAAGAAGCGGCUGGACGCUACUCGCGGGCGUAUGAACCUGAUGAGCUCGAAAGGAUCAUCGGACCUUACUUCUCCGCUCCCAUGGGUGUAGUCGACAAAGACAAGUGGAACCCAAACGGGGAGAAGCGAGUCAUUCACGACGAUAGCUUUCCAUUCAAAGGGCACGAAAGAGCGCUCAACACUCAUUGCAUAUCACAAAGCGACCAAUAUUCGUCAACCGGCUUCAAGUUAAUGUGCGACUUCAUCCUCAACGCUCCCCCUGGAUCCAAAGCCUGUGUGUUCGACGGCAAGUCUGCGUACCGCAUGUGUCCGCUACGAAGAGAGGACCAGCAUCUCACAUGCAUCUAUUGGGACGGCAAAGUUCGCGUCGACCGCGCACCGCAUUUUGGAGGUGUUAAUGCCGGUGUUCCCCAUGGAAGAAUGGCGGAUAUGUUGCACCAGAUACUCAAAGCGAAAUGGCCACAUCUCAUCCCGGCAAAAUGGCAAGACGAUCACGUCAUUAUCCAAACCCCAGUCAAAACCACUGGAUGGGCCAACUGGUUGGGCAUAGGCAGUCACGAUGGGAUGACCAUUUCUCUAGGGGACAUCAAGCGUCUCUUGAAAGAAAUUGGCUAUCCGACAAAGGAUGAAAAGGAUCAAGAAUUCUCGGACCAUUUCACCUAUGUCGGCUUCGAUUGGGAUAUGCCCAACCGCAGCGUCACGCUCACGGACAAGGCAAAGAAGAGCUACCUCGAGCGAGUUGAGAGACUCUUGGCCGAAAAGACAGCAUCCCUUGAGCAGAUUAACGAACUGCGGGGACAGUUGAUCUGGUGCUGCUCGGUCAUCAUCGACGGCAAGGGCUACACGCGCUCCUUUGUCAAGGAACUGGAAAUUCGUAAAGGCAUCCCGCAAACAAGGCAGAUAAGACUCGAAGAACGAACGAUCAUAGACUUGCAGUGGUGGAGGUCCGCUUUACAAGACUGUACCCCUCGCAUUUUACAGUUUCAGAAGCCAAUUUCGGACAAGUGGAACGUCUAUGUGGAUGCCAGUGGAUGGGGAUGUGGCGUUGUAAUCAAUGGCUGCUGGGACAGGUGGCAGUUGCGAGAUGGAUGGGAAACAAAUGGUCGAAAUAUCGCAUGGGCUGAGGGAGUAGCAAUUCAGCUUGGUAUUCAUAUCCUCUUUCGACAUUAUGAUCUGUCGCCUGGCACCCACGUCAAGAUCUUUUCCGACAACCAGGGAUUCACAGGAGGAUAUAACAAAGGAAAUUCACGGAAUAUAUUCCAAAACGACGUAAUCGUGGAUAUUCGACGAAUGUUGAAGGAAAGAGGGUGCGAAUUGACGUUGGAGUAUAUCCACACCUCACAGAAUCCGGCCGACAAGCCAUCUCGUGGAAUGGACGCAGCGUAUGGCACCAGGCAGUCAUGGUCGAAAGACCCAUUGCCUUCGAACCUGCAGGGUAUUUUUAGAUCAAAAGAAAUCCCAGUCAAGGAACCUGUUGUAGGACAAGGCCUCCCACCUCCUUUGGCCCCGACCAAGUUGCAUAAUAUCACCAAGGUGGAGUCGGAGCCUACCACGAGACCUGUCAAGUCGACGGGUCCUACAUCCACUAAGACCAAAGCUGACGACAUCCAACCCGAGUCCAGCUCGAGAAAGCGUAUGGCUCCUUCUCCAAACACUGAGAAAAAGUGUGAACCCCCGGCUCUCAUGCUGGACUUCUGCCCUUCGUCUCCACAUGUCAAGGGGAGAAAAGCCAUUACCAACGGGACUAGUAGCAAUGCGACGAGGACUGGGACCAUCGGUAAGAAGGACCCAUCGCCUGGUUCAAACCCACAAGCUUCAGCUGCUACCAGCACAAAGAAGAUUGGUACUCCGUCGUUGAUGCUGGACUUUGGGGUACCAUUAUCCGACGCGAAACCAGCUGCAGCUGCGAGACCAAGCCAUGAGGGACGCAGGACGUUUGGAGGACAGGGGGUGCAUCAAGCCCUCGAACGGCACCAAAGGCUGCCUCUGGAGCUGCAGAGUCGAAUCUACCACCAAGCAAGUAUGCCAGCGCUAAUGCGACGUCGGUUCGCCAUUUAUCCAGUAACUCCCCGGCAAAUAGUUGCCAUGCGAGAUCAUUGGCAUUUGAAGCCAUUGUACCGCUUGUCCGAGGAGCCCUCAACCCCCAAGUAG